AAUCGAACCUUCUGUAACUCCCAUUUUUUCGAAACUCGAACCCUAAUUCGCGGUAAAAUGGGAACCAUUGGUGUACUCCUUGUGGUCCAAGGGUUAACCUACCUGGAACAAGAGUUGGAUAAGCGCUACAAGCUUUUCCGGGUAUGGGAUUACCCGCAGAAGGCCAAGCUCCUCAACGACCACGCCACCACCAUCCGCGCCGUCGUCGGAAGCUCGAACGCCGGCGCCGACGCGGAGCUGAUCGAUGCGUUGCCGAAGUUAGAGAUCGUGUCGAGCUUCAGCGUGGGCGUGGACAAGAUUGACUUGGUGAAGUGCAAGGAGAAAGGGAUUCGCGUGACCAACACGCCUGACGUGUUGACCGAUGAUGUCGCCGACUUGACCAUCGGGUUGAUCCUCGCACUCUUGAGGAGGAUUUGCGAGUGCGAUCGCUACGUCAGAAGUGGAAAAUGGAAACAAGGUGAUUACAAGUUGACCACUAAGUUCUCUGGGAAAACUGUUGGCAUUAUUGGGCUGGGAAGGAUUGGCACAGCAGUUGCCAAGAGAGCUGAAGGAUUUAACUGUUCAAUAUGUUACUACUCUAGAACUGAAAAACGAGAUUCAAAAUACAAGUACUAUCCAAGUGUUGUUGAGCUAGCAUCCAACUGCGAUAUACUAGUUGUUGCUUGCCCUCUUACAGAGGAAACCCAUCACAUCGUCAAUCGGGAGGUCAUGAAUGCACUGGGUCCCAAGGGUGUUCUAAUUAACAUUGGGCGUGGUAAGCAUGUUGAUGAACGUGAGCUGGUCUCAGCAUUGCUUGAAGGUCGUUUAGGUGGGGCUGGGAUUGAUGUGUUUGAAAAUGAGCCUCAUGUUCCUGAAGAGCUAUUUGGGUUAGAAAACGUUGUCUUGUUGCCUCAUGUUGGAAGCGGCACAGUAGAAACUCGAACUGCAAUGGCUGAUCUUGUUAUUGGAAACCUGGAGGCUCAUUUCCUUGGAAAGCCACUGUUAACUCCCUUGGUUUAGUCAACGUAAGAUCGGUUGGUCUGCAUUCAGUUACAUUAGCAUCAGUCAAUAAUUUGUAAUAUGGAAAUUGAUGAUUGUGAGAGCUCUUUGAUAUCUAUAUCGGAGCUUUAACGAUUGUAAAGAAUGAUUCAGUUCAUAUUCAUCCUGUGACAUCUUGAUCAGAUUAUUAAUCUGGAUUGGCAGAACUUUAGCACAUAUUGGUAUAGGAAUAA